AUGGAUUCCGUGGGCAUUGCGCCUGCUCCUGACCCCGAUGCGGGGUCCAAACGCUCUAGUCGGCAAUGUCCUCACUGCCAGAGAUUAUUCUCGAAGCCUGAGCAUCUAAAGAGACACGAGCGCAUUCACAGCGGUUCGAAACCGUUUGUCUGUCCCAACCCUGACUGUCAAAGACGUUUUAAUCGUCUAGAUUCCUUAGCACGCCACAGAAAGACUCACCAUGCCGCCGAUAAAGAGGAUGUCAGCGUCUCAAGUGUGCUCGAAUCCCCUAUUCACCCCGUGGCUGAUCCCCUCGUGCCAGCAAUGCAUACGCCAAUAUUCCCGGUUGACCUGCAGCUAGACUCUCAAUCCUUGACGGCGCUGUUCUCAGAUUCAGUGCCUACAGACACCGCAGUUGACCCGAGCAGUCAUGAGCCGUAUUCCUGGGCUGGACUAUCAGAAGACAUCUUUACAGAGUUUUUCUCCUUAGACAAUGAUCAGCACUUUUGUAGCUCCCAGCUUCUUCUGAACGCAGCCGUCACAGCGCUUGGUGAACCGAGUGGCGAUUCUGGACCUAGCGAUGCAGCAUCAACACACGCCCGUCAGGCUCUAGGGCAUCUGAAACGUCUGGUCAGUGAGUUCUCUCACAAUUUGUCGGGCGAGGUUGAAGCCACAGGAGUACCUGUUCAUUUCCUGGAAGUGUGCCUCGGCUGUUUCUUUUCCCAAUUCCUACGCAUCUUUCCUGUCAUGCACGAGCAGACGUUUUCUCUGAAACGUUGCACCCCAACAUUAUUACUCAGCAUGGUCGCGAUAGGUUCGCUGUUUGUUGCAGGAGACAGCGCAGCGACAAUGGGCGAAGCGCUUUGGAGGGUCGUACACGCUGCAGUUGCUACCUCCUGGCAAAGCUUUUCGAGCACUUCUCCAGAAGAUGAGCAGAUUACAGGUAUGCAGCUUGUCCUCACGGCUUUGUUGAGUCAGGCAUAUGCUGUCUUAUCGAGCAACGGGGUCUUGAAGCACACAAGCCUUGCCCUGCGUGGACAAGGACUGCACUGGGCGAGACACUUCAAUUUGUUUACUUCUGAGGAGAAGUCGGAGCGACCCAUUUUCAGAAUGAACGAAGCGUCGAGGACGGACAUGUGGAGGUCUUGGGCCGCUGCAGAAGGUCGUCGUCGAGCGUUGUUCGGGCACUACAUCUUGGACGGGCUCAUUGCACAGUCUUGUGGCCUACCAAACACUGCGUUGCACACCAUCAACAACGUGGCAAUGCCAUGCAGUGACGAAAUGUUCGAUGCCUCCAGCGCCGAUGAAUGGGUUGAAAUUGCUGGCAGUCAAGAUUUGCAUUCCACAUUGACGUGUCGGCAGCUUCUCUUGGACCUGUUCAACUUCGAUGUCGAACCUUCCAAAUCUUUCUGGCCGCACUUCGCAGUGCCUGUGGUCCUAGAAGCACUCCAAUCUCUCAUUACCGAAACCGCUGAAGCCGCGGGCCCGUCGAUUGGCUUGCCUACAAGACCGGCGUUGAGCCGUGCGCUCUGGCGGCUCUUUGACUCUCAGAUCACUAGACGCCUGCCUGUCGCAGAUGCUUCGGAUCUUUCAGUACGUUGGCAUACCGUCUGCAUUAAUUUUUGCGUCGAAACUCGGAACAUCAUUGGAGGAUUAUGCAGAAAGUAUAAUAUUGAGCUGGACAGAUAUCAUGCAUAUGGAGGUGUGCCGGAUACCAAAUUUGACGUCGACGCAUGGCGUGGGUCGCACCAUGCCCGACGAGCAAUGCUGCACGCAUUUACCAUUCUGGACCUUGUCAAACAACUGCCCGUCGUCAUGUACAACACUUUGCAUCUCCCAUCAGCACUUUAUACCGCUGCGAUUAUACUCAUAGCGACAGUCCCAACCGAUUCUACCCGUUGCCAGGUGCCACGGAGUAUCAACUGGAGAGAAGUAUGCGAAUUUAACGUAGAAGGAACGUCGACUGCGUCGGUACUCUCUCCUACUUCGGAGUACCUUCAGUCUGGUACGCUUAAAAGGGGUGCCCGCCACGAUUUUCGAAAUACUUUGGUCGACUUCAACACAUUGCAAACAAUGUUGGACUCAACAGGCCCAAAGUGGCGAAUCACCAAGGAGAUGCAUCAAACCCUUGCGCAAUUAAUGGCUGCGCGUCAAGAAGAAUGUUGA